GUCGGGUCUUCCGGGGGAGGUGGUCGGCCAUGGCGGGCACGGCGCUGAAGCGGCUCAUGGCCGAGUAUAAACAACUGACCUUGAAUCCACCAGAGGGAAUAGUAGCUGGGCCUAUGAAUGAAGAGAAUUUCUUUGAAUGGGAAGCUUUGAUAAUGGGUCCAGAAGACACUUGUUUUGAAUAUGGUGUUUUCCCUGCUAUUCUGAGUUUUCCUCUUGACUAUCCUUUAAGUCCUCCAAAGAUGAGGUUCACAUGUGAGAUGUUUCACCCCAACAUUUAUCCAGAUGGCAGAGUUUGCAUCUCUAUUCUUCACGCACCUGGAGAUGAUCCCAUGGGCUAUGAGAGCAGCGCUGAACGAUGGAGCCCUGUCCAGAGUGUAGAGAAGAUCCUCUUGUCAGUGGUCAGCAUGCUGGCAGAACCAAAUGACGAGAGUGGAGCCAAUGUGGAUGCCUCGAAAAUGUGGCGGGAAGACAGAGAGCAGUUUAACAAAAUAGCCAAGCUAAUUGUUCAGAAGUCACUUGGGCUUUAAAGAGAUAAGAAGACUGGGACAAUUGACAAUCGUAGCAUUUUGAACUCUUCUCAGAUUGACAAAUGGCAGCACUGCCCGUUGGUACCAAAAGCAAAUCUUGCAAAAUUGUGAACUGAG